UCUAAUGAGAAAGAGUUCCACGUUUACUGCAAGUUAUAGCAAAACAUGCAAGUGUUACGCUAGCAUCACAUCUAGAGGAAUCUACACUGUAGAUGCUGAAGUGUCAUUUCCUGUCAUCGAGAGACCAAAACCUGAAGUGCGUGUAAAUCCAGAUCAUCCUGUGUUCAGAGGAGAGACAGUCACUCUCACAUGUGACAUACAGACACAAACACACACUGAGUGGAGAUACAGCUGGAUUAAAGAUGAUUCAGUCAAUCCAGUCAGCACUGAGAGAGUGUACAGAAUCACAUCUGACAAAUCUCACAGUGGUAAAUACAGCUGUAGAGGAGAGAAAAUCAGAGACUCACAGAGAUCAGACAUCAGUGAUGCUGUUACACUGACUGUAUCAGACUCAAAUCCUGAACUCACAUCAGAUACUGCAGGAGCUGCACUGACAGGAAACACGGUGACUCUGAUCUGUCACAUGACUCAGACCGCUGGAUGGGACUUUUACUGGUACAAACACACACAGAACUCUGAGAAAAACAAGACAGAAACAAACUCCUACAGAGUCCAUAUUGAUUCAGUGUCUGAUGGAGGUCAGUACUGGUGUAGAGCUGGAAGAGGAGAACCAGUUUACUACACAAACUACAGUGAUGCAUUGUGGGUCAGUGUCACAGCUCAACGUCCCUCAGUGUCUCUGAUCAUCAGUCCCAGCAGAAGUCAACACUUCUCAUCUCACUCUCUCUCUCUGAACUGUGAGGAUCACAAUAACUCCACUGGAUGGACAGUGAGAAGAAACACAGACAGUGAGAGAAUGAAAGAUUGUUCAUCUACAGGAUCUACAUGUGAAAUCAGCUCCCUUAAAACAUCUGACACUGGAGUGUACUGGUGUGAGUCUCAAUCUGGAGAACACAGUCCUCAUAUUAACAUCACAGUACAUGAUGGUGAUGUGAUUCUGGAGAGUUCUGUUCAUCCUGUGAUUGAGGGAGAUACUCUGACUCUACACUGUUUACAUCGAUCUACAAACUCCUCAAUCCUCACAGCUGAUUUCUAUAAAGAUGGAUCACUCCUCCAGAAUCAGACGACAGGAGAGAUGAGCAUCCCUACUGUCUCAAAGUCACAUGAGGGUUUCUACUCCUGUAAACACGGAGAGAGAGGACAGUCACCCGAGAGCUGGAUCUCAGUCACAGAUUUGCCCACAGCUAAACUCACUGUACAUCCAGAAACAUCUGUUUUCACUGGAGAGACAGUGAUCAUGAAGUGUGACAUUGAGUCUGAUUACAGUAACUGGAGAUAUGAGUGGUAUAAAGACAGAACUGUCGUGUCUGAGUCUGAGCAUUACACUGUAAACACAAACACUCUCACUAUCAGAGGAGCUACUGAGUCUGAUCAACAUCAGUUCUGCUGUCGAGGAAAGAGAGAUGGAAGACCAGCAACAUCACAGAACACAAGUGUUAUUCUUUCUGUUAAAGACUCAAAGCUCAAUCCUGAACUCACAUCAGAUACUGCAGGAGCUGCACUGACAGGAAACACGGUGACUCUGAUCUGUCACAUGACUCAGACCGCUGGAUGGGACUUUUACUGGUACAAACACACACAGAACUCUGAGAAAAACAAGACAGAAACAAACUCCUACAGAGUCCAUAUUGAUUCAGUGUCUGAUGGAGGUCAGUACUGGUGUAGAGCUGGAAGAGGAGAACCAGUUUACUACACAAACUACAGUGAUGCAUUGUGGGUCAAUGUCACAGUGUCAGCAGAUCAGAUUCGUGUCUUACACACUCUCAGUUCUCUUCUGGCAGUUUGUCCAUAUCUGAUGGCUGACAGUCGUGCUGGUGUUCAAAUGCUACAGAGCGAGAGUUUCAUCUGUUGA